CUUCUUCAUCAGUUCCUCCCAUUUUGGGAAAUCCCACCACCGAGAUUGCAAUUCAAAUUGGACUCAAUCCGGUUGGGGGUUUCUGACAUCUCAUUUCCAAAUUUAGCGAAACUCAAAGAGGAAAAAAGAAUUCAACAAGAUGGAUAAGGUGAAGAGAUUGACCUCAGAGAAUGGAGUUGUGAUUUUCAGCAAAAGCACUUGCUGCUUGUGCUAUGCUGUCAAUAUUCUGUUUCAGGAAAUUGGUGUGACCCCUUAUGUUCAUGAGAUUGAUCAGGACCCUGAAGGGAGGGAAAUGGAGAAGGCUCUCCUGAGGAUGGGAUGUAACACGCCGCCUGUGCCAGCGGUGUUCAUUGGCGGCACGUGGGUGGGGUCCACCAACGAAGUCAUGUCCCUCCACCUAAGUGGCAACCUGAAUCAACUGCUGAAGCCCUAUCAGGGUCUAUAAGCCUAGUAAUGCUCCAAAAAGGCAGGCAUAGUACAAGAAUAAACUUGGCCAACAGUAGUAGUUGGCUUUCUUAAUUAGUCAGCAGCAGCGUAUAUAGUCUGUAAUGUAUUGAUGUAUUUGGUAGCUUUUCCAUUAAGUUAAGCUUGUAGCCUCUUUUGCCUAGCAAAGAAAGAGGACAGAAUGUAGCCUAUUUGCUUCCCUAUUAAUGAAGUUAGCUUUACUUUA